GUUUAAUGGUGACCCCAAUCAAGUUACCAUAUUUGGAGAGUCUGCUGGGGGUGCCAGUGUAUCUUUGCUGUUGUUAUCAAAGCUUACCAAGGGACUUUUCCACCGUGCUAUUCCACAAUCUGGAGAUGCAUCAGCAUUUUGGGGUAGUGGUACAUACGAGCACCGUACUAAAUCAAUGAAGGCAUUUGCCAAGAACGUUGGAUGUCCAGAGGAUCUCAGCAAACUUAGAGACUGCUUGGAACCCAAGGACGCCAUGGCGAUUAUAAAUGCUUCCCUUGCAGUUCCAUGGCCCAAUUUCGUUCCAGUUAUUGAUGAUCAUUUUCUUGAUGAUGACCCAAAGAUCCUGUACCAAAAGCAAGACUUUGAGAAAUACGACAUUAUGAUUGGAGUUACAAACGACGAAGGAACGGUCUUUACGAAUGCCGUUGCAGGUUUGGGUGAGGGCUUAAACGUAACCAAUGGUGUUUCAAGAGAAGUAUUCGUCGGUGUGAUCAGAGGAGGAGGAUUGAGUACGGUAAUACCAGAUCCUAAGUCGGUUUUGAUAAAUGCUUCUAUUCACGAAUACACUGACUACACCCAAGUCUCAAGCCCAAUCACAAAUCGUCGUAUGUACAUGGAUAUGAUGGGUGACGUAGGAUUUGUGGCUCCUGCUAUAAGAGGUGCCAAUGCAUAUGCGAAGAAGAAAGCAGUGACAUAUUUUUAUUCUUUUGAUCACCGCCAUGGGGAUGCUGUUAUGGGUUCGAAAGUUCCAUCUUGGGUGAGAGCUUACCAUGGAGCAGACAUUUCUUUUGUUUUUGGUGCUCCGCUCCUAGACCCCGCAACGACGCCAACCGACGCAAACUUUACUCGCGACAUCCUGAAGAUGUGGACGAAUUUUGCCAAAACAGGGGAUCCCAACAAACCAGAUAGUUUGGGCGUUACCUGGCCUGUAUACACGCUGGAGGAACAGAAAUACAUGUCAUUGAAACCCAACAUGGCGGUACACAGCCAUCUUCGUGCCAAUUACAUAGCAUUCUGGAAUGAGUUCGUUCCCAACGCCCUCCACGCGGCGCGUCGCCCUAAACAGCACCCAUGUGGUAGAGGUGAAGAUAGAAAGGCUACAGCUGCCUUGGUUCUUAUGUUGUCACUGCUCACUACCUGGUUUUAAGUCUACAACGAUCACCUUUUUUAUAAAUUCGACGCUGCACUCGACUAAAAUAAUUGCCUGUGAAACUGGUCUUCGUCGUUGUGAGAUAUGAUCGAUUCUCCGUUAUACACCACCCCGAAUUUUGCUCUUCGGCAUAAUUUUGAGAGAUGCUAUAACGCGGCGUUUUCAAGGGCUAGUAACACUUGUUCAUACAAGCAUUUGACUUUUCGUGAAAUAAUCUUUAAAGCUAGUAAAAAUAUGAAAAGUCUAAUGACUAUUACGUACACGGGGCUAAAAAAAUGACUCGCAACGAAAAUCGAGGAAAGUUCCACAAGUAAGUUAUGCUUAUGUUUUACUUUAUGCUGUCGUCGAGCAACAAGCACAGCUUCACUUUCCACUGAUAUCCCAUCCUGCUGAUGGUUUAGAUGUAGUUGACUUCCCCUUCCUGUCUGCCCGGGUCCCGGCUUUGGGUCGACUUCGGCUCUCAGUUCAUUAAAGAGCUUUCGUUUUCAUGUUCGCUUCAGUGGGGUAUGGGCACUUGACCAUUAUAUAGUAAGCACCCGUUGAAUAUGAAUAAAAUCAGCCUGAACUUCAAAAAUGGGUGUUCUUAUAUUCGGGGCUUGCUGAAAUGAAGAUUAUUGGACUAGUUACCACAGCGUAAAAGUAUGGAAAAACUUUGUUUUAAAUUUUCAAUUUAAGGUCUUGUAAAACUUGUUAAAUCAAUGUUUCCACAUACAUACAUACAUAGUUAUUAGUUAGAACUAUAUGGAAUGCACAAUAAAACAUUUUUCACAUUUUA